CUUAUUUUUUUUAGAGACAUAUUGAAAUAAAAAUAUGUCAGGAUACUUAAGUUUAUACGGUAUAUUGUGUUUUUCAAUAAGUUAUAGUUUAAGUGAUGAAAAAAAUAAAGUAUGUGAUACAUUGGAGGCAUAUUUUGAUUAUUCUGUCAAAAAUAACCAUUGCAAAAGUAUCCUGGAUGUAAACUCACCUCCAGAACUCAUUGCACAAUCAUAUGGAUAUAUGCUAGAAAGUCACAGAGUUAGAACUGACGAUGGGUAUAUUUUGACAACAUACAGGGUGAGAAAUAUGACUGAUAAUUCUUAUGGGAGCAAAGUUAUAUUUUUUCAACAUGGUCUCAUGCUUAAUUCAAGGUCUUACAUGAGCAAUGGGAAUAAUUCUAUAGUUUUCUACUUUACCAAACACGGCUACGAUGUGUGGAUGGGAAAUUUUAGAGACGCUGAGUUCUGUUCCCACGAGGCCAUUUCCAGAAAUGAUCCGAAAUAUUGGGAUUUUAGUUUUCACGAAAAUGCCUUAUAUGAUCUACCAGCAAAUUUCAAGUAUAUCUAUAAUAUGACGGGUAAGAAAAUGACGUACGUUGGACAUUCCAUGGGUGGUACUACCAUGAUGAUAUACGGGGCACUUAGAGGAGAAGAUGCUGAGAAAUAUAUAAAAAAUGCCCUUCUACUGAGCCCAGCCGUUUAUAUCAAAUAUCCGUAUAUUCCCACACUGAUUGGUCUAAUAGUUUUGAAUCUAGUUAGGUGGGCUGGAAUUGGUGUUUUGCUCUCAUCAUCCAGACUUUCAUUCCAAAUCCAAAUAACUUUUUGUAUGCAUUCUAUUACUACUCUUAAAUUAUGUUUGAGAACUGUUGAAUUUUUAUUUGGGCCCUCGAAAUAUCCAGUAGAACCC